GGCGGCUGCGCUGUGAGGGACUGCGGUGGAUCAGCUGAGCGGAGCCCAGUGGAGAAUCACAGCAACGCGACUCUUGUGAAAAUUCUGCGCUUCGCUGUACUGUAUUAUGGCAUCCAGCAGAAUGGAGACUAAACCAGUGAUAACCUGCCUCAAAACCCUCCUCAUCAUCUAUUCCUUCGUGUUCUGGAUCACCGGGGCCAUCCUCCUUGCGGUUGGAGUAUGGGGGAAGUUGAUGCUGGGACCCUACAUCUCUCUGAUCGCUGACAACUCCACCAACGCACCCUAUGUCCUCAUCGGCACCGGCACCACCAUCAUCGUCUUCGGCCUGUUCGGCUGCUUCGCCACCUGCCGCGGGAGCCCAUGGAUGCUCAAGCUGUAUGCCAUGUUCCUGUCCCUGGUGUUCCUGGCAGAGCUGGUCGCUGGCAUCUCCGGCUUUGUCUUUCGUCAUGAGAUAAAAGGUACCUUCCUGAGGACAUACAAUGAUGCGGUGCAGAACUACAAUGCCCAGGACGAGAGGAGCCAGGCCGUGGACAACGUCCAGCGCAACUUGCGCUGCUGUGGAGUGCUGAACUACACCAGCUGGUUCACUAGCGUUUACUAUCCCUCCAACGGAUUUCCUGUCAGCUGCUGUGCCAACCUCUCUGACUGCAACCCCCAGGAUCUCCGCAACGCCACUAUCGCACCCACCAAGGUCCACCAGCAGGGCUGUUACGAGCUGGUGACGUCCUUCAUCGAGACCAACAUGGGCAUCAUUGCGGGGGUGGCGUUUGGAAUCGCCUUCUCACAGUUGAUCGGCAUGUUGUUGGCCUGCUGUCUGUCGAGGUUUAUCACUGCCAAUCAGUAUGAGAUGGUGUAGCAGUGAGACAGCAGGAUGAUGAAGAGGAGGCAUACGUCACCUUGGAUGGCUGAGGAGAGGAUACUCCCAGAAUGCUAGCACACUCCAUACUUACAUCUCCUCUCUCUUUUUCUCCCUCUCUCUUUCUCCAUCCCUCCCUCUCUCUCCCUCUCUUAUUUGUAAAUUAUUGUAGUGCAUCAUUCCUUAACACGCAGUUGUGCCAUGAAAACAGUUUUUCUUUCUUUACUGAGCUUAACUUCACAGAAAAGAAAAGACGAGCACACCAACUUUUCAGCAAAGGCCUCGCUCCCAUACGUAUAGCACUUUCAUGGAUGUGCAUGCAGCGCAGAGACUCUUAGUGUCCACUCUUUCAUUUUAAAGCAUUUGACCAUGUUUCUAAGAAAAUGUAAAAAAAAACUAAACAAACAAAAAAGUGGCUUUAAUAUGUUUGUUUUCAUCUUUUCAGCCCCAGUUUACCGUACGGUGAUAAUAUAUAGCUAGAGAUACUUGAAAACAAAAGGAUACUCAUUUUAAAGAUGUGAUGUUUGAUGGGAUUUGUAGUCCCUGAUAUAUAUAAAAACUACAGAUGUUUUUUUUUCCUUAUUGAAACAUACCACAUAUGCUUUUUGCUGCUAUAAGGAGUACAUUUCAGCAACCUGUUUCAGAAUUAAUACUGCUCAAAAUGAACUGUGCCAGUGGCUUUCAAUGGAUGUGUUUGUGUUGCUUUUUUUAAAACCUUUUUGAUUUGUCUGUGUUCAGUUGGGUCCAGUGCUCAGUGACCUCUGCCAUUCUGCCUCCAUGCCCCCACAUAAGUUCUUUAGGGGUUUUUUAAGAUGUCCUUGGCCUGAAUGCAGAGUCUUAAUUAGAGGCAUUGAAGCAUUGUUCAGUGUUUUGCAUUUCCUGUCCACGCUUACACUGAGUCACCCCUCUUGUGUCUCAGUGUUGUGAUUCAGCAGUGGCCCGAGGCCUUAACGCCGUACUCGGCUACACUCUACUGUGCUUUUGCUGUACUUUACCUGUAUGUUUGUACAUGUUCCCUAAUGUAUCUAUUGUAAUCUGCACAGCCCGCCCUGAACUGGGUCAGCGCUGCGCUCUGGUUUUGAUUAGGGCCGUCUCAUUCGCGGGAUCUGUAGAGAGACGAGGCGGGGCCGGAUCUUUGUUCCCCGACAGGGAGAGACCUGGAGGAGCUAACGAGACAGCCAGCCUCAUUGUUAUCAGCGGAAUCACUCAUUCCGCAGGGGCUGAUUGUGCGCAGGAGGAUUUUUAACACUGUAAUCAGUGUCAGUGUCGACGGGGAGAGAGCGAUGGCGCGGCGGAGCCCUCCCCCAUUAUCCCGCCGCCGAUUCUCAUGCAAAUGCCUCCCGCCUCGAGCGGCGGAGCCUCCGGGGCACAACGCCCCGCGCGCCGAAGCGCUCGGUCCAAAAAAGGGACGUCUCGCGUCUCCGCCCAUCGGAGCCCUCCGCGGCGGGAACGCCGCGAUGGGGAUGGAGAGGGGGAGCUUCCCAACCUCUUGCUCACACGUCCGCUGUUGCGGUGCCCUUGUAAGCGGCGGGCCAGAAACGGGGCCUGUUUUCCACCUGCUUGCCCUCUCUUCAAGCUCUAACUGAGAGACAAGACCUGGGCAAAAAGUGAUGUCACUGCAUUGUUAAAUACACAGCAGCUAUGGCUCCUGAGUAGCUCAGCAGUUACAGCGCUGGCCUUGAGUGCAAGCUGAGCUCUACUGGUCGAACCAGCCAUGUCUUUAACCGAAAACGGGGUUAGGGUAGGGCUGGGUAUGUCAGCAGGGGCUGCACCCUGUGAUCUGUCAGGUGGCUGCAGGUUGCCUGGAUGAUGUCAGCGAAGCUGGGCCCGUCCUCCAACAGCGCUUAGUUCACCUGAGGAAUAGACUGAAUUUCCCAUCCUGCACCACGGCAAGGCUGUUCUGCCCUUUCCUUAAUCCCUAGCCUAGGCAGCAUAAAGAGUCCAGACUUUGAGACUUAUUCGUAGUUGGAGUGCGUGACAAGGAAUGGAACUGCCUGCUGCAUGCAGUGUAGGAUUUAAUGGUGAUGAGGAAGUCUCGCACCCUGAAAAACUCUAAAAAUUAUUUAUUUUUUUAAAGGUCCCAAAGGGACUGAUUUUCUGUAAUUAUCAUUUAACACAUUCUCUAAAUAACGAAUAAAUAAACUCCAGAGCUGUCAGCUGUCAGGGUCUGAGAUCUCCCUGAGCUACAGGGCCCUGAGGGGAGGGGGCGUUAGGAAGCAGGGGCGAGAGGGGGGUGGGGGGCAGUGUGGGCGGAGAACACUGAAGUCACUGACAUUGUAACUUAUUUAAUAAUACUGUGAUGUGCGUAACUCAGGCUGGGGGAUAUUCAACACACAGCCCUUUGUACUCUCUGUAUAUGUGUUUAUUGCCUUGUUUUUGAAGUUGUCACGGCAGAUGCAGCGGUUUCAUGUGUGUGGUGGAUCAGUAUUGCAAUUAAGUCUAGAAAAAAAUACAUUGUAGAGGCUAGACCAAUCACACAAUCCAAAGCUGAACAAGCAGAAUAAGAAGACUUUGUAUAGACUUUUUAAAACCGUCAUCACCAGCUAGCAUGCCAACAACAUAUGUUGAUAUUGUAAACAAUUGUGAUCUCUGUAUUAAUAAAUGGGUCAUUAAAAAUGCCA